GUAGCAGUAGUCCGCCUUCACCCUCGAAGCAGUGGUGGGUAGGAGCCUGUACCACACCAUGCAAACACGAUGUCAUUAUUCAAGGCCUCCAUGUCGGUCUUGCCCCAGCUUUUAGUCCGCUUUGCCAUCGCCAUCACCAUCUUGAAACACAAGCCGAAGGACCAGUCCAUUCCAAGCCAUCUCCUCGACCUUCAGUCGCAUUUUUCUUUGUCCGACGAUAGCCAGAAAACGUCUGACGAGCAUGCGUGGAGGAAUCAUGCGCUCUCACUAGAAAGAGAACUCGAGUCCUUGAAGCAAAAGCGGGAAGAGGAUGAAACAGAACUCGUGCAUCUGCGGCAAAACGCGACCAAGGACAUACCAGACGACUCAGACGCUGUUCCCUCAAAGAAGAAAACGAAGAAGGUGGGUAAAACCCAGGAACUUCAACUUCAGGACAAUGACUGGUCUGCAAAACGGGGAGUGGAAGAAUGCCUCAAUGCGACAGGCCAAUCAUCAUCAUCCCUCACCGCAGCGUUCACCUCCCUCCAAAGUCUUCUCAACUUAGUAAGUUCGCAGACAGGUGACGGACCACUAGGCAACUCGGGCCUGCUGGCUGCGAUCACUCGCACAAUUAACACCAUCGGUAAAUUCUUAGGCCUCCAAAAUAUUUCAACAUCUUCUGUGCCAACGGAACUCAACGAGACGAGAAUUGCAAUGGCCUCCCCACUCCUGGUGUACGUCUUGCGUGUCGCCCUUCCAGCUCUCUUCCACCAAGACACCAGCAAUUCCAGCAGCACCGCUGUGUCCCGCCUCGUCGACACCUUGUUUGUUCCUAUUGUAUGCAGUUUCACUCCCGUAUCCCGGGCAUACAUUAUGCACCAUUUAGACGCAAGCUUGGCUAAGAAAUCUUCGAAAGGCCGCAAGGGUAGCGAAAAGGUGCCGAAACCUCCCAGCCAAACAAUCGUUCCCGACCCUCGUACGGACCUUUUGACUCUUCUCGGCGAGGCGCUGAAUACGUUAGACUCGAUAUCACCCCGCCACUCUGGGUAUACAGCUGGCAUCAGGGAGCGCAUAGCAUUGGAGUCGAUUCGGGCGCUAGACUCUUUGCUCUCUACAGCAACUACCGACGGGACUAUUGGCAGUAAUGUAACUCCAGAGGAAGCGUCUCGUGGCCCGGAAUCAUCGCAGGCGUCAAAUCUACACAAACGGAGAACUGUGCUCGGUAGAAAGGAUAGGCUCGAAGCCCUAGUGCGGAAAGACGCAACAUGGUAUCUAUGCCACAUACUCCACUCUUGCGUUAGCACAAGCGAACCGAAAGACGGGCCUGGAUCUAUGUUCAACGGUGCUCUUUUUGAUGGCGCUGCCAGAAUCGUGAAGAUGUGCAUCUCCAUGGACUGUGACGGUGUUGCGCAAGUUGGGAGGAGGUGUGCCAUGGAUGUGAUGUGCCGAAAUAUGGUCUUGGCCGCUUGUGAAGAGACAAUCAGUGCCCUACCUCAAGAGAACCUUCGCUGUAAUGUAUCAUAG